UUUUGAAAAAUGAAUACUUACAGCCAAGUUCCCACUAGAGGAGAUCCUAAUGAUAGUCACUUUGGCCCUUCCAACCCACCAGUGAGUAUAAACUACCAACAACCUGUUGGUAUUCUUCAUGGACCAGGAUAUAAAAUGGUCCAAACCCAGUCCAAAGUCCACAAGUACUCCUGGUACAUCAAACUUUUUGGAUGGAUCUUCAUAAUCUUUGGUGGACUCAGAGCUUUAUCUAAUGCCAUAAAAUUCCUUGAAGCUGAUGAAGUGGACAUUGAGUUCGAUGACUCAAGGAUGGAAAACAACGAAAUUGAAAUCCCUGCAGCUCCUCUAGCCAUUGCUAGUUUCCUUGAAUUUGUUUCAGGAUGCUUGCUUAUUUUAAUGGGAUAUCUGUUCAUUAAAACAGCAGAAGCUCCAACAAGAUCCUCAACAUGGAAACUCUGGAAGAAUACUCUUCUGAUCAUAAUCGGCAAGUUCAUAUGCUUGGUCUUAGCUUACCUUGCCAUCUUCAUUGGCUUCGGAAUGGCAUUUGAUGACUGGGUCAGAGAUGAAAGAAGAUCACCAGGAGAAUAUAGAUUAACACAUCAGAAGAGUGGCCACGAAUUCAGAUUUAGGAAGCAUGGAGCAAACCAUGAAAGUCAUCAAAAUGAUGAUAUGAGAGAGAUGGAAGAUAUCUCAAAGGUUAUCUUUAUGGGUGUGAUCAUGGCAUUUUCUAUAGCUUGUUGUUGCACAACUAUGUGUUCGGCAUGCAUCUUGGGUGGACUUUACAAAUUCCACUACAGUGCAAAAGAACUUGAAAUCAUUCAGGGUUUACCAUCAGUAAAUCAAGUCAACAUGCAACAAAUGCCUCAAUACCAAGUGCACCCUCAAGCUCCCAACCUUGUUGGAGGGAUUGUAAGAGGACAUGUAGUUGCUCUUCCCCCUCAGAAUGAGCCAUAACCAUAAUCUUUUGAUGGGAUUUAGCCAAAAUUGAUCUUAGCUAUUCGG